AUGAACGAGAAAGCUUCCGUGUCUAAAGAGCUUAACGCCAAACACAUCAAAAUAUUAGAGGCAAUUCUUAAACUACCCGAGAAUAGAGAAUGUGCGGAUUGUCGUGGCAAGGCGCCUCGAUGGGCAAGCGUGAAUCUCGGAAUUUUUAUUUGCAUGCAAUGCUCGGGGAUUCAUCGAAGUCUCGGAGUUCAUAUAUCAAAGGUUCGGUCUACUACACUCGAUACAUGGUUGCCUGAGCAAGUCGCAUUCAUGAAAUCUACGGGAAAUGAAAGGGCGAAUAGUUAUUGGGAAGCGGAACUACCACCGAAUUAUGAUAGGAGUGCAAUUGCGAAUUUUAUUCGUGCCAAGUAUCAAGAUAAAAGAUGGGCGGCAAAGACAAUGCCACAACAUGGUUCGAUUCCGAGAGGAAAAAGUGUUGUGGUAGAUGAUUCUACCAAAAUUUCUUUACAAGCAUACCCUAAGAGGACGAGAAAGUUAUCGCUUGAGGAAGAGAUUCUCACUAAACACAUGACACAAAUUGCUACAACAAAACAAAGUCCGAUUUCUUUUGAUGUUAACUUUGAUAACGCGUCAAAACAUGAUUCUACAUCGUCUAUUCCACCUCUUUGGGCAACAUUUGAUUAG